AGAAUACGACCAGAUUGCCAGCUGCCAACCGAGUCAAAAAGAAGAAAUAACGGACUAUUUCGCUCAAGCACCUACAAAAUGACGUCGUUUUAUACAGUUAUCUGAUAAUAUUGACCUGCUUUCAAUGUCAAAUAUUAUAACACUGUUUAAAACGAUCUGUAACCGUGGCGAGUAAAAAAAAGCUAAAGACUGAAACAAACGAAUCUAAAUGUAAAAUACACGAUACUUUCGAAAGGAUUGAUUAUUUUCACAUUGAAGAACACAAAGAUUUACUUCAUAGUAAAUGUUGUGUUCUUUAAUUCACAAAUGUAAUUUUUCUAAAACAAUUCCCAUGUUUACUGUUCUCCUUAAAGACUGUAGACUACAUUUUUUCUAAAGACAGUGGGGAGGUACUUAUGUCUCUCUCUUGACAUCGUUAUGACUCUCUGGAUUAGCUAGCUAGGUUCCCGCACAGCUUUCUUCCCAUGUUGACAUGACAUUUCCACCACUAAGGGUUCAGCUAUUCAGAAAUAUUUUACAGCAGCGGUGACUAUGGAUACACACAAUCUAUCAAAUCAUUUAAUAAUAGAACGUUAAUUCCACGAGUGUGUUUGCGAGCUGCUUAAAUUAGCGUGGAAGCUAAUGUCAACAUAGAUUAGCUAACGUUGAGUUAACUGCGUGGAUGUGCUGUGGCUGCCAUUCGUUAUCAAUCUUAAUUAGCACCAUUUCCAUCCGUGACACCGACUGAACAACAUCGUCAAGUGAGCUGGUACUGCACCUGUCAGGAUGAGGAUUUUAAGGUUUCUGAGGAGCAGCGUGUCCAUAGGGAAGGACAUUGACUAUUAUUCCAAAUUUUCACCCUCUCCUCUUUCAAUGAAGCAGUUUCUGGAUUUUGGCUCAGAAAAUGCAUGUGAGAAAACAUCAUUCGCCUUCCUCAGACAGGAAUUACCUGUGAGGUUGGCAAACAUCAUGAAAGAGAUCAACUUGUUGCCAGACAACUUACUGAGGACUCCAUCUGUCCGGUUGGUCCAGGGCUGGUACAUGCAGAGUCUUCAGGAGAUUCUUGAGUUCAAAGACAAAAAUGCAGAUGAUGAGAAAGUCACAUAUGAUUUCACAGAUGCGGUAAUAAAAAUCAGAAAUCGGCACAAUGAUGUCAUUCCCACCAUGGCUCAGGGAGUUGUGGAGUACAAGGAGACCUACGGCACAGACCCAGUCGUCAGCCAAAAUGUUCAGUAUUUUCUAGAUCGUUUCUACAUGAGCAGGAUAUCCAUCAGGAUGUUGCUCAACCAGCACACUCUGCUCUUUGGUGGGAAGGUGAAGGUGAACCCAGCACAUCCCAAACAGAUUGGCAGCAUUGAUCCACACUGUCGUGUCAGCGAGGUUAUCAGAGAUGCCUAUGAAAAUGCACGAAACCUUUGUGACCGCUACUACAUGAACUCUCCUGAGCUGGUGUUGGAGGAAUUCUACGCCACCGAGCAGGCUAAGCCCAUCACUGUGGUCUACGUUCCAUCUCAUUUGUAUCACAUGGUGUUUGAACUUUUUAAGAACGCCAUGCGGGCCACCAUGGAGUUAUACGGCGAUGCCAUGGAGUAUCCUGCUAUCCAUACACAGGUCGCUCUGGGAAGUGAAGAUCUGACAGUCAGGGUGAGUGACCGUGGAGGAGGUGUGCCGCUGCGCAAGAUUGACAGGUUGUUUACCUACACGUACUCCACAGCUCCUCGACCCAGCAUCGACGGGGCCCGCGCCGCUCCUCUGGCUGGUUACGGGUACGGCCUGCCCAUCUCUCGACUGUAUGCCCGCUACUUUCAAGGGGACCUGAAGCUGUACUCUCUGGAGGGUUAUGGAACUGAUGCUGUCAUCUACAUUCGAGCACUCUCCACAGAGUCCAUCGAGAGGCUUCCCGUGUACAACAAGUCAGCCUGGAAACACUACAAGACGAUCCACGAGGCCGACGACUGGUGUGUCCCCAGCAAAGAGCCCAAGGACAUGACAACAUUUCGCAGUUUCUAGAUCCAAAUGGCUGUGGUAAAGUGUGCAAGUAGAGGUUGUUGUAAAUGAAUGCUGGUGGGUGUGUAAUGGUAAUUUAUCAGUUGAGAUUUCUUUGUACAGAAAGUAAAAGAACAAAGUUUUAGUGGCAUAUAUUUUACAUAGAACAAUAGUUUUGUUAUGAGGAAGAUUUUGGAGUGCAACAGCCCUCAAUUAACUUACUCCUAUUUGUACUUUCCGCUAAUGUUAAUGAGUGGCACAAACCAGGACCAGGGUUAUGGAAAGCCCAACCAAUACUGGAUUUUUGAGGCUGAUAGUAUUAUUGAUAUUUGAACAUAUUGGCCGCUAUUAGGUUUUUAUUUUAACAUAAUCACAUAACACAAACAUUUUCAUUAAGGAUCCCUUAAAUAUGGUUAUUAAAGAAUUGUGAGGAUGUCCUGAGCUGACGUAUCUGUCAGUGCUCUCUGGUGGACAAACUAUGUAAAUGACCUCGAACAUAUUUUGGCAUUUCUGUACUGCAAUUUGUUCUUUUACAACCAACAUAUAAAUAACUAUACAUCUGUGAUAAACUAAAAUCAGCUCAUGUAAACGAAAUAUCAUUUUUUGACGCUUUGAUUCCAUGUAACCAAGUCUCAGCAUGGGAAAUCUCAAAACCUCACUAACUGAAACUAUCUGCAUGGUUAGAUAGCGUGAAGGAUCAGAGGAAAAGUGCUUUUGUAAUUUGGGUGAGCUCAUCCUUUAAGGUAUGAACUGUGUUUGUAUUGACAAAUUGUCUUUACAGUUAGUCGCUCUGCUGGUUUAAGGCUCUCUUAAUUGCUUAGCUGCUUUUAUUUUGCUGAAAGUUGACCUUUCAACUGUUACAGUCUGUUUGUGUAGAGGUUGUUCAGCUCUGCGCGUCUCUUCUGCGCCGUGUGAAGUUGGAUACUUUGUAAGAAAAGGAAAACUUGUUACACAGUUGGUUGCUGCUUGUUUUUAAAUCUACUGAAAAGUCUUUGAAUAAAAUGUUUUAGGGCAUUUCUUCUUCAGUUGGACAUGUAUACAGCAACGUGAUCAAAAAAGUAUUAAUUUGCCAUCUGUAAAGAGCAAUUUUGCACCUAUUGUUUUACUGUAUGUGACAAGGAAACUGAAUAAUUUAAAUUCAAUAUGUGACACGUUUUAUUGGGUUUGCAGUGUAUUUAGUUGUCUUCUUAAAUUCUCAGUUAAUUUCCAAAUAAGGUGCUGCAAAUUUGUAUUGUCACUUACAGUAUAAAAGCAAAAUACAGUAUUUAGGUUGUUGUUAAAUAAGCUAUACAUUAUAUUUUCCAUGUUACACUGAAGCAGUUAUGCUGUAUGGAUCAUGUUCAGUAAGAAAUAAAUAUCUCAAACAGAUUCUUGUCAAAAAUCUGUAUGUAAGUGACAAAUGUGGAUGGUGAUGGAAACUGAUCAGUUCUUUGUGUCACUAGAUAUAAUGCUGCUUAUGAUCACAGAUACAGUACAGUGACUGCUGUUCAAGUUGAAUGCUAACAUAAUUUACUUGGUGCAUUGAAAUAAAACCAUUGCUACUGUGGGAAUGUUA